AUACACAAUUACAAUUUACAGUUCUUAGCGCAUGCUUGUCCGAAGCUUCUGUGACGUACCUUAGCCAUUUUUCCAAGUCAACCGUAAAAAAAGUGAUUUGUUUUUUCAAUUUUAAGUCUUAUUUAAAUAAUAAAUUUAUAUUAAUGUCAGAGCCACAGUCCGCACUUCUACUAAGAAAACAAUUAGCAGAAUUAAAUAAAAACCCAGUAGAGGGUUUUUCAGCAGGUCUCAUUGAUGACAAUGACAUAUAUCGAUGGGAAGUGCUUAUUAUUGGACCUCCGGAUACAUUGUAUGAAGGAGGAUUCUUCAAGGCACACUUACAGUUUCCCAAAGAAUAUCCACUCAGACCACCAAGAAUGAAAUUCAUCACAGAAAUAUGGCAUCCAAAUAUUGAAAAAAAUGGUGAUGUAUGCAUAUCUAUCUUGCAUGAACCUGGUGAUGAUAAAUGGGGUUAUGAAAAAGCAUCAGAAAGAUGGUUACCAGUUCAUACAGUUGAGACUAUUCUUAUAAGUGUUAUAAGUAUGCUAGCUGAUCCUAAUGAUGAAAGUCCUGCCAAUGUAGAUGCCGCCAAAGAGUGGAGAGAAAGUUAUUCAGAAUUCAAACGAAAAGUGGCAAGAUGCGUUAGAAAAAGCCAAGAGGAAUGUUGUUAGGAGAAAAAUAAAAAAAAAAAAAAUAACAAUUUAAACGGAAAUACUUGAUCAUUUUUAUUUUUUUUUUUUUAUUUUGUUAUAUUAAAAUCUUUUUGAAUCAAAAUAAAUAACAUCAAAUGAGAAAGAAAAAAAAAAAAUAAAAAAAAUAGAUCAAUAGUUAGUUUCAAAUAAAAAUCUUAAACGUAACAAAUUGUCUGAUGAAAAAAAUCACGAUAACUUCAAUUGAUAAAUAAAAAAAAAAAAAACAAAAAAUUUAAUUUGAUAAUAAUAAAUACAAAGUGCCACUCAAUUUCAAUUUGCAAAUAAUUAUCUGCAUAUCUCAUUUCACAUAACGUCAUAAUAAAUAAACAUAAAUCCAAAAUAAAACAAUAAAAAUUUUUACCGACAAUAUUUGUAUGAAUUUUGAUCUCUCUUACUAAUGUAUGUCGAGCCAAUUGAUGUUUGUUAUUAUUAUUAUCAUCAUUAUCAUCGUCAUCAUCAUCAACAUCAUCAUCAUCAUGAUUAUAACUUGAAGAAGAACCACAACAGUAAUAUAAUUACUACCAUCACAACUGGACAUUCAUAUCCAUUCAAUAAACUCAAAAAAAAAAGGGAAUGAAGACUUUGAAAUAAUAAGUUAUAUAAAAUAAAUAAUAAUAAAUAAUUAAAAAUAAAUAGAUAAUAAAAAAAA